AUUGUACGCCAGAUUUGACACACCUGCCCUUUACUGGUACGCCUAGGUGUUGUAAAUACUGGUUAAUCCCGUUAAGUGAUUUUGAUGGUCAAAUCUGUAAGUAGCCUACAGUAUAGCGAUAAUACGCUAACGUGUAACUGUCGCCGUUUCCUUCUUCCACCCUGCAAUAUUCGCAAAAAAUGCAACGGAUAAUAAAGAUUAGACACAAAUUUCAUUGAUGUCGGAUUGUAAACGUGCAACUGGUGUGAAAAACAACUACAGCUGCACCCCUCAAAACAGUUUUAAACGCGGGUAAGUUCGUUUCUUUUCGUGACUCCGACGGGACACCCUCGGAGACCGAAGAGAAGUCGUACCCCGAACACGCCUGGGAAAACCGCAUCCAUUGGAAACGAGUCGUGAUUGACUGUCUCCCUGAAAACCUCAUCAGCUCGACUGGUUGGAGUUCUUGUCAAUCGUUCCCACGUUUCCGUUCUGAGUGCCUCUGCGAUCCCACCCAUCCACUGUGACUCCAGCAGCUGCCUUGCGGUUGCUCUGCGUAUGGUAACAACGAGGCAGGGAAGUGCGGGAGUCCUUAGUACUGUGUACGCUGCGCUUGUGGAAGCACGGUCAUAUUUUCUUCUCCAUUUCCAGCGUGCAACCGAGGACACGUAGGCUUCGCCCGGUUUUUCCGCGUACUGGCGCGGUUACUUCACCAGAAGGUCAACCUAAUUUUUCAGAGGUUUGGAAAAAGCUCGGGAUUGUCAGUUUCGCUGUGCGUUUUGUUAGCCGUUGCCUCAGCAGUGAUCUGCGAUUCAAUUGAUAAGAUUUUACUGCGCUGUUUAGUUUGUUUAGCAACAGACAAUGGAUUGCCAAAACAUGUGUAAUGUUUUAUAGCGCUUUAUAACGUUAAAUAUAUUAUUUCGAGGGCAAGUUAAUACAGUUAGUUGAUGAACUCGACACAGCGGAUCUUUUUCCUGUUUUCUUUUGUCACUCUUGUGAAGACUUUAUACUCGACCGGACCUGUAGGAUGCACCGGGUGUAAUAGGUUUACAACAAGCUCAGAACAUCUUCAUUAAAUACAAGCCACGAAAUUCAAGCAACUGUUUAAAAGAAACCCAAGAUGUCUAAUCCAACGAAGUUUAAAAAGGAUAAAGAAAUAAUUGCAGAGUAUGAGACUCAAGUGAAAGAGAUCCGGGCUCAGCUGGUGGAGCAGCAGAAAUGUCUGGAGCAGCAGACGGAGAUGAGGGUCCAGCUGCUCCAGGACCUGCAGGACUUCUUCCGGAAGAAAUCGGAGAUCGAGAUGGAGUACUCCCGCAACCUGGAGAAACUGGCCGAGCGCUUCAUGGCCAAAACCCGCAGCACCAAGGACCACCAGCAAUACAAGAAGGACCAGAACCUGCUGUCUCCGGUUAACUGCUGGUACCUGCUCCUGAACCAGGUGAGGAGGGAGAGCAAGGACCACGCCACCCUCAGCGACAUCUACCUGAACAACGUCAUCAUGCGCUUCCUGCAGAUCAGCGAGGACUCCACCCGCCUCCUCAAGAAGAGCAAAGAGAUCACCUUUCAGCUCCAGGAAGACUUGAUGAAGGUCCUCAAUGAGCUCUACACUGUGAUGAAGACCUACCACAUGUACCACACGGAGAGCCUGAGUGCCGAGUGCAAGCUGAAGGAGGCGGAGAAGCAGGAGGAGAAGCAGAUCGGCCGCUCGGCCGACCCCGCCUCGCACAUCCGCGCGGAGGACAAGAACCAGAGGCGCAGCUCCGUCAAGAAGAUCGAGAAGAUGAAGGAGAAGCGGCAGGCCAAGUACUCGGAGAACAAGCUGAAGUCGAUCAAAGCCCGCAAUGAAUACCUCCUCACCCUGGAAGCUACAAAUUCCUCCGUUUUCAAGUAUUACAUUCACGACUUGUCUGACUUAAUUGAUUGCUGUGACCUGGGUUACCACGCCAGCUUGAACCGGGCCCUGCGGACCUACCUCUCGGCCGAGUACAACCUGGAGACCUCGCGGCACGAGGGGCUGGACAUCAUGGAGAACGCCGUGGACAGCCUGGACCCCCGCAGCGAUCGCCAGAGGUUCAUGGAGAUGUUCCCCACCGCCUUCUGCCCGCCCGCCAAAUUCGAAUUCCAGUCCCACAUGGGGGACGAGGUGUGUCACAUCACGGCGCAGCCCCCAGUGCAGGCGGAGCUCCUGCUGAGGUUCCAGCAGCUGCAGUCCCGCCUCGCCACGCUCAAGAUAGAGAACGAAGAGGUGAAGAAGACCUCUGAGGCCACGCUGACCACCCUCCAGGACAUGGUGACCAUCGAGGACUACGACGUGUCCGAGUGCUUCCACCACAGCCGCUCCACCGAGUCGGUCAAGUCCACCGUGUCCGAGACCUACCUCAGCAAGCCCAGCAUCGCCAAGCGCCGCGCCAACCAGCAGGAGACCGAGCAGUUCUACUUCAUGAAAUUCCGGGAGUACCUGGAGGGCAGCAAUCUCAUCUCCAAGCUGCAGGCCAAGCAUGACCUGCUGAAGAGGACACUGGGAGAUGGUCACCGCCCCGAGUACAUGACCACCAGCCGUGGACGACGGAACUCGCACAUCCGGCACCAGGACUCCGCACAGGCCAUCCCCCGCGUGGUGGAGAGCUGCAUCCGAUUCAUCAAUCUGUACGGCCUCCAGCACCAGGGUAUUUUCAGAGUGUCAGGGUCACAGGUGGAGGUGAACGACAUCAAGAACUCAUUUGAAAGAGGAAACGACCCGCUGACGGACGAGGAGAACAACCACGACAUCAACUCCGUGGCCGGGGUGCUCAAGCUCUACUUUCGGGGGCUGGAGAACCCCCUCUUUCCCAAGGAGAGGUUUAACGACCUCAUCUCCUGCAUCAGGAUUGAGAACCUGUACGACAGGGCGCUGUACAUCCGCAAGAUCCUCCUGACCGCCCCCCGAUCCGUCCUCAUUGUGAUGCGCUACCUCUUCGCCUUCCUCAACCACCUGUCCCAGUACAGCGAUGAGAACAUGAUGGACCCCUACAACCUGGCCAUCUGCUUUGGCCCCACCCUCAUGCCCACGCCCGACAUCCAGGACCAGGUGUCCUGCCAGGCGCACGUCAACGAGAUCGUCAAAACCAUCAUCGUCCACCACGAGACCAUCUUCCCCGACGCCAAGGAGCUGGACGGCCCCGUCUACGAGAAGUGCAUGGCCGGGGGAGACUACUGUGACAGCCCCUACAGUGAGCACGGGGCCCUGGAGGAGGUGGACCAGGACGGCGGGACGGAGACCCACACCAGCGAGGACGAGGGCGAGCCCAUCGAGGCCAUCGCCAAGUUCGACUACGCGGGCCGGUCUGCCCGAGAGCUGUCCUUCAAGAAGGGCGCGUCGCUGCUCCUGUACCAGCGGGCGUCGGACGACUGGUGGGAGGGGCGGCACAACGGCAUCGACGGCCUGGUGCCGCACCAGUACAUCGUCGUGCAGGACAUGGACGACACGUUCUCGGACUCCCUGAGUCAGAAGGCGGACAGCGAGGCCAGCAGCGGGCCGCACGCGGAGGAUAAGAGCUCGGGGAAGGACAUGUGCUCCCCCACCGAAAGACUGCCGGACGCCUACGUCAGCAGCAGGCACAGGAAGAGGGCGGAGCCCCCCUCGCGCCGCCCCCCCGGUCGCCCCGGCGACGGUCACUGCAUCCCCCACUCCUCCUCCUCGCACGGCGGCAGCCCCCUGGAGGGCUCGCUGGGGGCGGGACACUUCAGCCCGCGGGACCUGCUGCGGGGGCGGGGCCACGCCCACCUGGACAGCCCCGAGAGGCGGCGGCGGGCGGGGCACGGCAGCCUCACCAACAUCAGCCGCCACGAGUCGCUCCGGAAGACGGAGAGCCCGCCCCUGCGCCGCUCCACCUCCUCCGGCCAGUACAGCGGCUUCGCCCCGCCCCACGCCAAGACCCUGGACCCCGAGACCAUCGCACAGGACAUCGAGGAGACGAUGAACAGCGCCCUGAACGAGCUGAGGGAGCUGGAGCGCCAGGGCUCGGCCAAUCACGCGCCGGACGUGGUGCUGGACACGCUGGAGCAGGUGAAGAACACGCCCUCCCCGGCCGGCUCCUCCGAAUCCCUCAGCCCCCUGACGGCUACGCCCUGCGGGCCCCCGACCCCCACCACCCCCACCCUCACCCUCACCCCCACCCCCAUCCGCAUCGUCGCGGCAACGGAGCCGGCCCCUCCUCCUCCUCCUCCUGCCGAGGCCCUCAGCACCUUCAAGCCCACGCUGGCCCCCCGCAUGGGGGUGCAGCUCAAGCCCCCCGCCCUCCGGCCCAAGCCCCUGGUCCUGCCCAAAACCGGCCCUGCCCAGCCACCCCCACCCCCACCCCACGGUCCCCUGGACAAAUCCUGCACAAUGUGAACCCUGGAACAGCAGCCCACCACUCAAGCAGCAAGCGCCGACUGGAUGGGACUUCAGCAGAGAAACCUAUUAUCAACGUAUAUCAAACAAUAAGCAAGCUUGAGAAUCCACAGCUUGCAAUUUGGGGAGAUAA